AUGGACAAGGCGAUGUUGGCUUUAUCGAUUAAAGACGAUGAAGAUGUUCCUUUUGAUAUGCCCGAUCUUCCUCAAUUCUACUCUUUUAAGAGGAAUGCAAACAGUCUCAUCGGUCGUCUUCUCAACCCUUCUCACCAAAAUAUGGCUAGUCUGAUCCUUGAUAUGCCAAGGAAAUGGCAGAAACAAAACAGGGUUAGAGGUGUUGCUCUCACUGAUGAAAGAUUCCAGUUCAUCUUCAACCAUGCAUAUGAUCUAGAAGAAGUUCUGGAAAAAGGCAUGCAAACAUAUAAUGAAUGGGGUCUCGCGAUUGAUCGAUGGAUGGAAAACCCCCCACCUGAUUAUCUUCAACACGUCCCGAUCUGGGUUCAAAUCAAGAACAUUCCGGUGAAUCACUACACUGAAGCUGCGAUCACUACAAUUGGAGAACUUAUUGGACAUGUGGAUACUGUCACUUUCGACCCAACGAAAUCUCAGAGGCAUGAUUUUGUCCGGGUCAAAAAUCAUCCUUGA